CGAUAGGUUUUGAUCGAUAAACUUUGUGGAAUUGCGUUCUCAAAUUUAGCAAAUACUACUAGACGAGUCAAGUAUUAACAAGGUUGAGGAUUAAAGAAUAUUAAAAAAAAAUCAUAAUGCAGGGACUAAGUUUACAAAGCUUAAAGAAACACAAAGCUUUAAUUCCUCUUUACGUAUGCGUGGGACUGGGGUGUGGUGCUUCGGUGUUCUAUUUGGCUCGUCUGGCGCUUCGCUCACCCGACGUUUCAUGGAACAAACGUACUAACCCCGAACCCUGGCAAGAGUACCGAAACAAGCAAUACAAGUUCUAUUCGCCCAUUAGAGACUACUCAAAGGAGGAAUCACCUGCACCCAAAUACUGAACUCGUUUUUCCCAAAAACACCAUGUAAUAAAUUAGAGAAAUUAAUUUAAUAAAUAGUGGUAUGUGAUAUUAAAUUUCA